AUGGCCCCUGUGCUGCUUCAAAGUAAUGGCUAUACCACAAAUAUUUGUGGCUGGCAGAUGAAACAACCUGCAGACAGCUCACUUUUAAGCAAAGCUAGUUGGUGGACAUCUGGAUCUGGAAGAUUGAACCUAGCCUCCACAUUUGCUUCAGCUCCUGAUUUUUCUAAAUAUCCCAUGAAAAAAACAUCAGUCGUCCAUGAGGGAGGUGAAGUAACUAUUGGAUGCAAACCCAAUGCCUCUCCCAAGGCUGUUAUUAAUUGGGAAAAAGGCACUGAACCUCUACAGCAAGGUAAAAGAAUCCUUAUCUUAGAAGAUAACAGUCUGAAGAUAUAUAAUAUUACCAAAGCUGAUGCAGGUGUGUACAGCUGCAUAGCGAUGAAUCAAUUUGGAGUUGCGAGAAAUUCAGGAAACCUGGUUGUGAAAGAAAAAACUGUCAUCGUUAACUCUCCUUGUGAUGUUGAUGUUAUUGUUGGAGAAAGUGUACUUCUGCCUUGCCAAGUAUCCAAAGAUCCAUCCAUUGAGGUUGUUUUCUCAUGGUCACUCAAUGGAGAUCUUAUCGAUUUUAAAAGAAGAAUGACUCAUUUUGAAAGAGCUGGCAGUGAUUCUGUAGGAGAUCUUAUGAUAAGAAAUAUUCAGCUAAAUCAUGCUGGAAAAUACAUCUGCACUGUGCAAACAUUGAUGGACACUCUGUCAGCAUCAGCAGAAAUAAUUGUAAGAGGCAUUCCUGGCCCACCAAAAGAAGUUACUAUUGAAUAUGUAUCUAGUACAACUGCAGUGCUGAAUUGGAAAUCAGGAGCAGAAAACAACAGUCCUGUCCACACCUACACAGUUCAGACAAGGACCCCUUUUUCACUUGGAUGGCAAGCCGUUUUAACAGUUCCUGAAGUCAUUAAUGGAAAGACCCACACAGCUACAGUAGUUGAUCUAAAUCCAUGGGUUGAAUAUGAGUUUCGAGUUGUAGCUGCUAACGGUAUUGGAAUUGGGGAACCAAGUACACCAUCGGAGCUACUAAGAACUAAAGCAUCUAUCCAUUCCUGAAGAACUACAAAAUGGGGAAGGAUUUGGAUACCUUAUUAUGUUUCGGCCCCUUGGCUCCUUCAGCUGGACUAAAGCAGUGGUGACUUCAGUGGAGGCAUCAAAAUAUAUCUACAGAAAUGAAAGCAUCCCAUCAUUAUUUCCCUUUGAAGUGAAAGUGGGUGUCUUUAAUCAUGAAGGAAUAGGCACACUGAGCCCAGUAUUUCUUGUGUAUUCUGGAGAGGAUGAGCCUCAGAUCGCACCAACUGGCAUUUCAGUACAAAGCUUCUCAUCUUUUGAAAUGGAAGUCUCUUGGAACCCUCUUGUAUGGACCAGACAUACUGGAAGGAUUCUUGGCUAUGAGGUCUUAUAUUGGAUGGAUGAUUCCAAAGACUCAACAACUGGGAAAAUAAGAGUCAAUGGCAAUGUAACAGCAAAAAACAUUACGAGUCUUAAGGCCAAUACCAUGUACUUUGCCACAGUGAGGGGUUACAACACAGCUGGAACUGGUCCAUCCAGUGUUCCAGUAAAUGUAACUACAAAAAAACCACCUCCAAGUCAGCAGCCAGCAAACAUAGUCUGGCGACUUACCAAUUCAAAAAUAUGCUUGAACUGGGACCAAGUGAAAACAAUGGAAAAUGAGUCCGAUGUCCUAGGCUAUAAAAUUUUGUAUAGGCAAAAUCGACAAAGCACCACUCAUAUCUUAAAGACAAACAUUACCUCCGCUGAACUGCUAGUACCUUUGGAAGAUGAUUACCUCAUUGAAAUAAAAACUGUAAGUGACGGAGGAGAUGGAAGCAGCAGUGAAGAAAUUAGAAUUCCAACCCAAUCAAGUUUAAGCUCCAAAGGAAUGCAUGUCUGCCCUUCAGUUGGUGACAUAAUUGCAAACAAAAUUAUAAUCCUGAUUUAUAUAUUCAAUUCUGCCGGAUAA